AUGGCAAGACAAGCUUACUUUGAUGCAAUCAAGGAUAAAUUAUAUGGGGACACUACUGUUGCAAAAAUUUGGGGUGAUGCUUAUCCUGCUUUGGAUGAGCCAGAGGCACCAACUGAAUUCCCUGAUUAG